AUGCCUGACCUGCCUACACGGCAGCUGGACAAACAGAACCUGAUUAAUGCUGUCGCGUCGUUCCACACGGACUUCAGUGAUAAACUAGUUGUGGAGAACGUCCUUCUGUCCCCUCGACCCAGCAAACACAUGAUUGAACACGUCCUUCCCAACUUUGUCGGUCUUGAUCAUCCUCCAUCCAAACUUCUUGUCUCCGCUCUUGAAGAUUUGGCUUUUUAUCCCGACAAUGAUGUAUACUUGGAUCCUUCAGUUCGGCAAAUGUGCCUGCUCGUCCUUGGCUCUCUUGCCAACGUUGUGUCAGCGCACGGCGACCCUGAGACAGCACGGCGGAUUGUUGGACGUAUGGAAGAUCAACUGGGACUGCACGAUCCUUGGUUGGAAAGACAGAAACGUUCUACCCAGACUGCAACAGAACUGGAACAGCAUGAUUUUGAGCGGGUGACGCUGAUAGAGGCUUUAGGAAAUGCUGCCCAGUCCAGCUCCUAUGAACACAUCGUGUCCUACACUAACCACAGUUCAGCUCCGCCGCUGCUGAGGAGGUCUGGUCUACAUGCACUCAGGAACUACCAACACAAACAGUCAGCAGACCGGCUGCUACAGUCCGCCCUGACAGACGAGGACGAGCAUGUACGGUACGAGGCCAGCCUGUACUACCAGGCACAUCCGCAUGGACAACAAGUACCAUGGACACAACAACCCAUCGGGCCAGGAGUACAGAAUGUGACAAGCCCAGCUCUAGAACACUGCGAGCUACCCACGAGGCUUCGCACAAAGAGAGGCUUCUUUGAAGACAUAACGUUCCUCCUGUCAGCCCCUGGUGUGGACUGGAAAAGAAUCAUCGGGUCUUCAACAAUAGGCGCUUCCUUUGGAGUGACUGUGAAGAAUGGCCUAGACCUUAAAAUAGCGCCCCUCAGCGGCCAUUUUAAAGCCAACAGCCACAACGAGAUCUUUGCCAGGGUCCACCUGGGCAUGCUGGGUAUUAACCUUGACCUUCUGGUGGUGAGAAUGUGCUUCAAAGGAGAAACAUCCUACAACCUUAACCUACUGCAGGAAUUUGACGUUGACGAGAUCAAGCGGCUUGUGUCCCAGUUCGACAGCGUUGUGACUAAGAUCUACAGCAACAUGGAGAAGGGCAUCAACGCACUGAAGGAUGUGAUCACAGGAGACCCUGACAUCAUCGGGAUGUUUGAGGACCUCGGAACUGUUAUUGAACAGCUACCUGAAAAGGCGUUUGAACUGCGUGAUGCAGUGGAAAACUCACUCCACACACUGGGGCAGUUUGACCCAGCAGACUGGCCUGAACCUGCCCAGCCUAUCAUACAGAUGGUGAUGGGAGUCAUCAACACAUACCAACAAAUCAAGAGUGACAUUCUGGGCUUCUACAAUGCGGUGAACAUGGGUAUCAGGGUUGACCUACCCUGGGCAGCUGAGCAGAUCUGGGGAGCCAUCACUACCAUGAUAGAGGCCCUGAAUGACGUGUUCAGCAACCCAAAGGGUGCCCUAAGCGAUAUAUUCAAAAGUGUCUUCAGGUUGAUUCAAGCUGUUACCAAGCUUAUAGAGCGGAAGAAUGAGAUCAUGGGCUAUGUGUACCCAAAUGGUGACUGGCCGUAUUGGUUUGACCUAGGCGGACUUGCAGCUGAGGUUGCAGACAAUAUCACAACAGCACUGGAGACCAGCCAGGCUAUAGGAGAAGCCUGGGUGUCUGAAAUCACACAGGAUCCAGUUAAACAUGUAUUAGGAAAGAGUGAGUCUGAGCUGAAGCGUUACAUGAUGAGUCAGUUGGGAGAUGUGUUGAACCGUCUGAAGGAACCCCUCGCACCACUGUUAACAAUCAUCAGCGAGGUGCAGAAAAUCUUCACUCUGGUGGAGAAUAUCAUCAACAGUGUCAAAGAGGGGUAUGCUCUUCUUUUUGAAAUGUACAGUAAAGUUAAAGCUAUGCAGGAGGGACUGUUUGGGCCUAAGGCUCACCUCAAGUUCCCAAGAAAGAUCCGUCUGAGUGGAAACGGGUGUGGUGAGGACGGCUUUUAUCCAACAGACAACGAAGAAAGGUACGAAGGACGCAUGGGAGUGGACCUGGAGACAGACAUAGCAAAUCAGAUUGUAGCACCAUUCUCUGGGAAUAUGUGGAAGCUAAAUGACAAGGCUGUCGGCAUCAACUGUACGGAGUCUUCCAUGCGUGGGAUGACAGCAUAUGUCGAGAACGUGGACUUGGCCGAUGAGAUGUUUGAGAAUGGAGACAUAGUCAAUAUACUGGCCGGAGAGGAAAUCGGUAAAGCUGCACGCUCAAGUUGCACCAACCACAUCCACUUUGCAGUGGAGAAAGACGGCAGCUUUGUGGACAUUAGCAAGUUUCUGGAACCACGUUUCAUCACUAUUCCACAGUGGAUACAGCACUGUGAUGACUACAAGUUGGCUUACAAGUUUCAAACCAUAAAGGCAGGCUACAUUGUGGGUCUGGGUGGCAAGAAAAGUGAAGACACGUCGCCAAAGAGGACAGCGACUAAACCGGACACGUCUGGCUUACAGAUGCCAGAGAAGACAAGGAGAAAGAAACGAGGAAUUUCCAUCUCAAUUCCCUCAAAUUCAGACGGUAAAGACCUGCUGAGCAGUCUGGGUAUCCCCGCCAUUAACAGUUCCGGCCCAGCCAACAGUGGUUUCUCCAUGGCCCGGCUGAAAAUCUGCAACAUCCUGGACUUCCUGCAGGCUGUCGGCAUGGACGACACCAGGGAGGCUCUCAUUAAAGUCAUCGGGGGUGUUCAGGCCCUGAUAGAGAGUAAGCCAUGUGCCCGUCCGGAGACAAAGACAGACGACCAGCUGAGAGCUGACCUGCAGCUGCGUGGUCUGGAGACGACAGGAUCCCGGCACCAGCUCAUCGCCCGCAUGAAACAAGCUGACCAAGGCUGUCCGUUCCUGACACUUUCAUUGCCAGACAAUGUGUACUGUACAGUGGACGAUUUGUGUCUGGGGGUUUCCUGUUGUGUGGACAUCCAGGUGUGGAAGUUCAGAAAGUCUAUCAAAGCCUACGCGAGGUUUGACAUAGAAGACUUCACGUUCAGAAUGGGGAUAGAGUCGGCAGGACUGGACCCAUGGACGUACGAGUACAAGGCUGCUGAUGGAAUAUGGGAUGAAGAAAGAGAACUGGACACAGGGAUCUCCUUUGGAUUCGUUGGUGUUGAUAUGGACCUGAAGCUUAGGUUUACUCUGGAAUAUGAGAAGCCGACGCACUUCUUCCUGACCCUGAGUGUGGGUCUGUGUGGGGAGGAGUGUCUGGAGUUCUUCACCCUGUUGGACCACGCCCUCCUCCCCAUCCCGGAGAAGCUACCGAACGGGACCUGGGUGUGGCCGGACAUUGACUGGGAGUCUCAGCUGCAGAACGUCGUGUCACAAAGCAUCAGGCAUGUCGGUCAGGAGGCCCUGGGCUGGCUGGGACUACCAGCAGAUCUUUUGGACAAUACGGAACCAUGCCCUUUCCCGAAACUACUGACACAUGCCCAGCUUGUGGAUGGGCUUGCGAAACAAGGACUCAGUACUAGUGGCGACUCUGCAACACUCCUGAGAAGAUAUGAAGCAGCUGAUAGAGGAAUCAAUUGCUGUGUGGAAAUCAGCAUCCCAGCACUGGAGUUCGUCAAAGCCUUCCGGGCCUUUGUGAGACUGGAUGUCUGUGAGUUUGAGAUUAUUGCAGGAUUCGAGACCUUAGAGUAUCGAAAACUACUCUUCAACUUCCCUUGGGGGAAAGUAUUGGACAUCAAGCUAUCCGAGGGCAUCAACAUUCUCCUGACCAUUGACCGAGAUGCGGACCACCUGAAUUUUAUCAUUGACUUGGGGCUGAAGGCUUGCCAUGAGAGUGACUGUUUCCUUGAUGUGAACAUCUUUGAUGACUUGGUCUUGCCAAUCCCAAUCUGCAAUGCCAAUGCCAGUUUCACUGUGCCAUCAAUCAGUGCAUUUGUUGCUGACCUGGCAGGAGAUGUCAGCCAGGCUGCAGUUGACGUCAUCCUGAAACAGCUCGGCCUGUAUGAGGUUUUCUUACCGGUGGGAGAAGUUGCCCAGCUUCCUGUCUUGAGUAAAAGAUCUACAGGAUGUCCAUUGUUUGAGAUUGACUUCUCUGGACUGCCAGAUCUCGUGGAGUGUCAGCUGGACAGUAACUGCCUCGGUGUCCACUGUGUAUUGAGUGUGACCAUACUGGACUAUGUCACCUUGUCUACCCUCGCUUAUGUCUCCAUCGAUGCCUGUGACUAUGAGUUUGGGAUGAGCCUGGGGGAGUGGAACUACGAGGUCUCACUGCUGACAUACAACUGGGGAGAGACAAGGACAAAGGUGCUUGGAAACAAUGCUCUUGACAUCACAUACUCCAUUGGAAAAGACUCAGAAACGAAAGAGUUUGUGUUAGAUGUAGCCAUCGAUCUCUGCAUCGAAGACAGCUGUAUCCCAACCAUCCCUCUACUGGAGAACCUCCGCGUGCCCCAACCCUUCUGUAACCCAGAUGGGUUUGCGUUGCCGGGUGGGUCCAUAGAUGGGUACCUGGACUACCUGGCAGAACAGGGACAAUCUGCAUUAGCCACAGUGACAGAGGCUGCAGUGGACCUCCUCCUAGAAAAGUUGGGACUGUCAGACUUCUUUGAAGAGGAGCAAUGCCAUAGACCUACAGUCCUGCAGAAUGGGUGGGCAGGAAUCAACAAAUGCAACCAGCUUAACCCCCCACAGCUGCCAGACACCAUGGCAUGUACUGUUGAAGACAACUGCAUGGGUGUAAAGUGUUGUCUAGACUUGGACUUCAAGUUGAUCAAAUUGACUGUCCAAUCUUAUGUACACCUGGACUUGUGCAACUACAAGUUAUUGAUGGGUAUUGGCAACGUUGACAUAGCGCAGACUCUCUUCACCUAUGAAUGGGGAACUCCAAAACUAUUUACCAUUGGAAAUGCCAUAAAGAUUGACUACAGCAUAGACAAAGAUGACCUGGAGAAGAUGUUUGUGGUGAAUGUCGUGGUGUCGCUGUGUCUGGACGGAGACUGUUCUGAAACCCUCCCGCUCCUGAAGCAGAGUAAAAUCCCACAGAUAGGCUGCAUCACCAACUUCACCUUACCAGGUGGCUCCAUACACGGCUUCAUGGAGUACCUACUAAAUAACACCAUUGAGAAUGCAGGACGGGAGUUGACAGAAGCGGGGAUCAGUGCUGUGCUGAAACACUUGGGACUUAAUGAUGUAUUGUCUUUGAAGGAUGAUCAGUUCAGAGCUCCUGAGAACAUAGAGACUGUGAACGGCUGGAGCAUCCCAGAGUUCAACAAUUUAACUCCGAUGCCCUCUCUUCCUGCUGACUGGGUAUGUGUGGUGAAUGACAACCUUCUGGGCGUUAGGUGUUAUUUCUCUGUUGACCUCGUGGCUGUGACCCUAAGAACAACACUGUGGAUGGAUCUGGACAUGUGCACCUACACCUUCACAGCUGGCAUCGGGUUAAAGACCUUCAGUUUCAGAUUGUUUGACUACGAAUAUGGUGAAGAGAGGACCCUCACUGCAGGUAGCGUCUUCUCUCUAAGAUACAUCAUAGACCAAGAUACGGAAACAGAUAGUUUUGUCCUGGACCUGGAUAUGACACUGUGUGUGGACACUGUGUGUGCAGACAUCACUCUCUGGUCAGGCUUUAGGGCACCACAGCCUGGAUGUGGGCAGAACUUCAUUCUUGGAGACUAUACCAUUGAGGAGUUCCUGGCCAUGGCUGCUGAAGCAUCGGCUGGAAGUGUAACAAGAACGGCCACGGAAGCAGCCCUGAAGGCAUUAGGACUCCAUGGAGUGCUGUCUAUUGGCGAAUCCUGUGACAUGCCUGAAGGUCUGGUGAAUGGGUGGAAAGGCGCAGAGAGUAAGUCAUACAUUUUAAUAGACAGGUUCAUUGGUUUAAAGAACUGUUUGAGUCAGUGA